UCGUCGUCAGCCAUGUUGUUGGUGGUGUGACACACCGAGCUGUCAGCAACAGGUUCUCUGAGUAUCAACGCUGCCGAAACUUCAUCGUUUCCCUCACAAAUACUGCUCUCUUUGGAUAGUAAACCUCCUCAUUGUGUCUCGGGAACCGUCCAGAAGUGGUGGAUGAUAACUUCGGGUCCCGCAGAAGCUCAGAAGUUCAUGUUUUUUGGGGUUUUUUUUGGCCGUGGUGAGAGAGAUGGCUGCGAGCAGUAGCUGAGGACGCCGCCGGGAGUUCCCCCUCUCUGUCUCUGCCACCUGCAAAUAUGAAUGGUGGUCCAAGUGUGUGGGCCAUCUCUCCAGAGGAGAGGAACAAACAUGAUCAGAAGUUUGACACCCUCUCCCCAUCAAUGGGCUAUGUCUCAGGGGAGCAAGCGAGGAAGUUUUUCCUCCAAUCAGGGCUGUCUGCCUCAGUGCUGGCUGAGAUAUGGGCUUUGGCUGACAUGAAUAAAGAUGGGAGGAUGGACAGGUUGGAGUUUUCUAUCGCUAUGAAGCUCAUAAAGCUAAAACUCCAGGGAACAUCGCUUCCCUUAGCACUGCCAAUCAUCAUGAAGCAGCCUCCAGUGCCUGCUCCCACCCUCAAUAACCCCACCUCAUCCAUGACCAAUCCAGCCUAUGGUAGGGGUGCUGUGCCUAACAUGUCCAUGAUGCCUGGGACAAACCUUGCCAUGUUGACCCCUAUCUCCAUGGCAACCCCCGGGCUGUCACCUAUGACACAGAUGACAGGCCUCACCCCUUUGGUUACUACAGCAACAGGCCUGAGCCCUCUUAUAGCCUCCACCCACAACAGGCCCCUGAUGCCCACCGUGGGAAAUGCCACCCUGCCAAACGGCACCAUGGGAUUUCUCCAACCAGUCCCAGCUGGAACUCUGGCCACUGGCCUAUCUUUCUCUGCAUCCUCUUACUCCUCUCCGCUAGGAAUCCCUGGUGCUCCUGCUGGUAUGAACAAGGCCUCAUCGCUGCUGGAUCUAGGAUCUGUCAGCUCCACUUCCUCAUCCCCCUCUGUGAUGUCCCCCAUGGUUACUGGUCCCAGCGACUGGGCUGUGCCUCAUGCAUCGAGACUCAAAUACAGACAGCAGUUCAACAGCUUGGAUAAACAGAUGACUGGAUACCUCACUGGUCAGCAGGUGAGAGGUGCCAUGGCGACUACAAUGCUGACUCAGACACAGCUGGCUUCCAUCUGGAAUUUAGCUGAUGUGGAUAAGGACGGCAAGCUAAACGCUGAGGAGUUUAUUCUGGCAAUGCAUCUUGUGGACAUGGCAAAGAGUGGACAACCACUGCCGCUAACACUGCCAACUGAGCUGGUACCACCCUCACGAAGGGCUGCAGUGAAUGGAUCCAGCCCUUCUCCCUAUGCAGCUCUGACUGAUGACUUGGACUUAGAACCUCCACAGAAAGCCAAAGCCAACUAUACAUUUGAGGAUAAAUUCAAAGCUAACCUGGAGCGAGGAAACGCAGAGCUGGAGAAAAGAAGACUGGCUCUGCUGGAGGCGGAGAGGAGGGAGCAGGAGCGGCGUGCUCAGAAGGAGAGAGAGGAGCGAGAGAGAAGAGAGAAGGAGGCUCGGGAGGCCGAGGAGAGGAGAAGGAAAGACGAGGAGAGGAGGCUGGAGCGACAGAGGGAGCUGGAGAGGCAAAGAGAAGAAGAGCGACAGAGAGAGAUAGAGAGAAAAGAGGCUGCACAGCGGGAGCUUGAGCGCCAGAGGAAGGAGGAGUUGGAGAGGAGGAGGCGAGGAGAGCUUCAGAUAAAGAGGGAGCAGGAACAGGAUGAUAUCAUCAAAUUGAAGGCUAAGAAAAGGAGUCUUGAGAUGGAGCUGGAGGCUGUGGGUAACAAGCAUCGUCAGAUCUCAGACCGACUGCGUGACUUUCAGAACAAAAAGAAGCUUCAGAAGACUGAGCUAGAUCUGACCAAUCAAAGGAUAGAGACACGUCGGCAGGACAUUAACACCCUGCAGAAACAGCUUGAGGAGUUCCAGAGGAAGUUAUCCCAGCUGACUCCGGAGCAGAAGAGACUGACUGAGAAACUCAAAAACAUGUCUCUGAAUAACCUGCCUGUGUCGAGCAUGUCCACCAUGAAGAUGGGCGUCACUGAGAAAAAAGGGACCUGUAUGAAACUGCGAGACCAGCUGGAAGCUCUGGAGAAAGAGACUGCUGUCAAACUGGCUGACAUGGACCAGUAUAACAAAGAUAUACAGGAACUGAGAGAGAGCCAGAGAAACCAGCAGGCAGCACUAGAGAAACUACGGAGCAUCAAAGAGGACAAACGGCGUGAGUUGAUUCGAAAGAAGGAGCAGGAAGAGGAGAAGAGUCGAAGGGAAGAAGAGAGGAGACAACAGGAGGAGGAGAGGAGGCGGAGGGAGGAGGAGGAAGCUCAGAGGCGUAUUAAGAUGGAAAAAGAGCGUCAGUGGCAAGAGAAGCUGAGGAGGGAUGAAGAGGAGCGCCAGAGGAGGCUUCAGGAGGAGAGAGAGGCCAAAAAGAGGGAGGAGGAGGAGAAAGAGAGACAGGCUCUCAUCCAGGCCGCCAAGGAACAGGCCGAACGAGAGCUCAGAGCAAAGGACGAGGCGGAGCGGAAGAGAAGAGAGGCGGAGGAGAGGAAGAAAAGAGAAGAGGAGGAGCGGGAGAAGCAAGCAGAGAGACGGAGGCAGGAGGAGGAGAGGAGAAAGCUGGAGGAGGAGAGGAGGCUGCUUGAGGAAGAGAGGAGGAAACUGGAGGAAGAGAGGAGGAAAGAGGAGAGGAGACGGAAAGAAGAGGAGGAGCGACGGAGGAGGGAGGAAGAGAGGAAGAGGCUGGAGGAGGAGCGGCGAGAGGAGGAGCUCAGAAGAGAGAGGGAGGAGGAGGAAAGGAGGAGACAGAGGGCCGCCGAGGCUGCCAUCAGAGAUGGAGAAGAGAGGAAAAAGCGAGAGGAGGAGGAGAGAAGGAAGAGGGAGGAGGAUGAGAGGAGACAGAGGGAUGAAGACAGAAGGAAGCUUCAGCAGCAGCAGGAGGAGGAGAGGAGGAAGCGGGAGAUGGAAAGGAAGAGGGCAGAAGAGGAGAGGAAGAGAAAAGAGGAGGAACAGGAGAGGAGGAAAGCAGAGGAGGAGAGAAAGCGGAAGGAGGAGGCACCUCGUCAGCAGCAGCAGCAGAGUGGAGUAGGGAAGGUGGAUAUUCAAGAGAAACUGACUGCUCUGCUGAGAGGACUGGAGGAGAGGAAGGGUGGGCAACCCAGAGCCACACACCACAGGAAGUCAGCAGCUCUCACAUCCUUCAAAGCACUCUACCCGUUCACAGCACGAAACAACGAAGAGCUCAGCUUCAAUGGUGACGAUAUUAUCGAGGUUGAUGAGACGACAGAGCGGGAAGAGGGUUGGCUGUAUGGCAGCAAACUUGGGAAGAUGGGCUGGUUCCCAGAGAGCUAUGUCGAGAGAGUGGCCCCAUCAGACACAGCAAAUAAUAUUGCUGCUGCUGCUGCUCCUACUCCUAAAGUGCCGCUCCAGUCACAGCUUUCCAGUGCCCUCGAGGCUGCAAAGGCAGCAGGGACGAAGUCUGCCUUCACACCAACGCACACUCCAAACCCUGCACACUCUGAGACACAAGGACAGCAGGUGGUGGGUAACCUGUUAGCCCAGGCCCUGUGUUCGUGGACAGCAAAGACCGACAACCAUCUGAACUUCAAUAAGGACGAUGUCAUUCAAGUGUUGGAGCAGCAGGAGAACUGGUGGCUGGGAGAGCUGAACGGUGAACAGGGUUGGUUCCCUAAGACUUAUGUGACACUGCUUGGAGAAGAAGAGAGUUCAGAUAUGAAGAGCUCCCCUCCUGAUGCAUCAGAGUCUAGUGACAGCCUGCAGCUUGAAGAAUACGUGGCGUUGUAUACCUAUGAGUCUCCAGAGCCUGGUGAUCUGACAUUCAGAGAGGGAGAUGUGAUCUUGGUGAGCAAGAGGGAGGGAGAGUGGUGGAACGGCUCUAUAGGCAACCGCACAGGCCUCUUCCCCAGCAACUACGUCAAACCUAAAGAGAGUGAUACAUCAAGCAUAUCUGGAAAGAAGAAGCCCGUGAUUGCCCAGGUGCUCAGGGCCCACUCCUCUACUGGCCCAGAACAACUGAAUCUGGAAAACGGACAGCUCAUCCUCAUCCUCAGCAAGAAUUCUUCUGGCUGGUGGCUUGGAGAACUGCAGGCCCGUGGUAAAAAACGUCAGAAGGGCUGGUUCCCUGCCUCUCAUGUCAAAGUAUUGGGAUCCAACAGUGGCAAGUCCACACCAGCACUCCAACCAGUCUGUCAGGUGAUAGCCAAAUACGACUACACAGCCGCGAAUGGUGACGAAAUGAGCUUCUCCAAAGGUCAGCUGAUCAACGUUUUAGACAAGACCGACCAAGAUUGGUGGAAAGGAGAGAUCAACGGGACCACUGGCCUGUUCCCCACCAAUUACAUUACGUUGACCACUGCGGACUGUGACCCCAGCCAGCAAUGGUGUGCAGACCUGAACAGCCUGGACUCACUGAGCCCCCAGGAGAAGAAGAGACAGGGUUACAUCCAUGAGCUGAUACAGACUGAGGAGAGAUACGUGGAAGACUUGCAGAUAGUGCUGGAGGUUUUCCAUAAGCCUAUGUUGGAGUCGGGCCGGGUGAAGGAAGCAGAGAUGAGCAUGAUCUUUGUUAACUGGAAAGAACUGCUGACCUGCAACACUAAGUUUCUCAAGGCACUACGUGUUCGUAAGAAGACGGGCGGGGAGAACAUGCCGGUGCAGAUGAUCGGAGACAUCCUGGCUGCUGAGCUGUCCCACAUGCAGCCCUACAUCCGCUUCUGCUCCUGUCAGAUCAACGGAGCCACACUGCUCCAGAUUCGCAUUGACAGCGAGCCGGACUUCAAGAACUUCCUCAAGAAAAUUGCCACAGACUACAGGUGUAAAGGCAUGCCGUUGUCCAGCUUCCUGCUGAAACCCAUGCAGAGGAUCACACGCUACCCGUUGCACAUCAAAAACAUCCUGGAGUGCACUGCAGAGGGCCAUGCUGACCGAGGUCCUCUUAAAGAAGCUCUGGAGAAGGCUGAAGAACUUUGUCAACAGGUAAACGAGGGCGUGAGAGAAAAGGAGAACUCUGACCGACUGGAAUGGAUUCAGAACCACGUACAGUGUGACGGCGCUGCAGAGAACAUGGUCUUUAACUCUCUCACCAACUGUUUGGGCCCCAGGAUACUGCUCCACAGCGGCAAGAUGUACAAGGCAAAGAGCAACAAGGAACUCUGGGCUUUCCUCUUCAACGACUUUCUGCUUUUGACUCAUGCGUCCAAACAGUUCACCUCGUCUGGCCCUGAUAAACUGUUCAGCAACAAGAACAACGUACAGCUCAAGAUGUACAAGCCGCCUGUGCUGCUAAAUGAAGUUCUGGUUAAGCUGCCAGAUCCUUCCAGCGAUGAGCCCACCUUCCACAUCUCACACAUCGAUAGAGUCUAUAUACUCAGGACCGACAACAUCAAUGAACGGACAGCGUGGGUUCAGAAGAUCAAGGCUGCAUCGGAAGAAUUUAUCGAGACAGAAAAGAAAAAGAGGGAAAAGGCCUAUCAAGCGCGAUCUGUGAAGGCUAGUGGAAUCGGCAGACUCCUCGUCACCAUCUUGGAGGCCACUGAACUCAAGGCGGGCAAACCCAAUGGUAAAAGUAACCCAUACUGUGAAGUGACCAUGGGAACACAGAUCUUCACGUCCAGAACGCUCAACGACACUCUGAACCCCAAGUGGAACUUCAACUGUCAGUUUCACAUCAAAGACCUUUACCAGGACGUCCUCUGCAUCACCAUCUUUGAAAGAGACCAGUUUUCACCUGAUGACUUUCUCGGUCGGACAGAGGUUCCCGUGGCAACCAUAAAGAAAGAGUUUGAAAACAAGGGACCAGUGACACGUCGUCUUCUGUUGCACGAGGUUCCUACGGGGGAAGUGUGGGUCCGCCUCGACCUGCAGCUCUAUGCAAACAAGUAGCUGUAUAGGAUGAACUGAAAUAAUAAUGGAGUCUUCUACCAAGACGUUUUCCUCCUGCAGAGUAACCAAAUAAGAAAAGCUGCUUUUUCUCACCUAAACAAACUCGGGAGGGUUCCCCACACACGCCUAAUAUGGACUAAGAUACCCUAAUCAAACUGAACUGUGUUUCACACACAAUGCCUAAAUAUAUUAAUGUCAACCAGCACUAGUAAUACCUCUUCUGAUGUCACCUGAGUCUUCCAGUAGGGAAGCGAAACCCAACAAUAGGAGUCAGAUCUCUUUUUUUUUUUCUCUUUUGACUGGUGCAGCUGUUUGCACCCGACCAAUACGUACUGUAUGCUCUGAAGGAGUUAAAAGGAAGGACCGCAGCCACAGUGGAGACGCAGCGCGUGGUGGAGUUGAGUCUGGGUCCUUCUGUAAUAAUUUAUAACCUUCAGAUGGAGGUAGAAGUGAAAAAAGACAGUUUAGAAGCAGAUAACCACAGUACUAUUAAUAAAGUAAUACGGCUAUCAGUAGAAAGUUCAUAUCUACUCUACUGUCUAGACUCUCACAGCUCUGUAGUUACAACAGUUGGGUUUUGAAUAUUCAGUGAUUGAGACACACUUUGCCAAGUCUGGUCAACCAAGGCCGUUUAAUGAGUAGAAGCUGAGCUAACAAGUGUUUUCUCUUAACUUACAAGAUAUGUACAUAUGUACUGAUGGUUUUCAAGAGACUGUCUGAUCCGUAACAUGUCGUCUUCUCACAGUGACGUUAAGCGAAUCAUAAACAGUAGAUGGCAGAUGAUGGACCGCAACACGGACUCUGUCGAGCCGACUGGUCUGGAGUCAGUUUACUACUGUAGAUAGAAGAUCUCAGGAUAUGCUGUUCUGGGUUGAGUGUUUGUUAAUCUGUUGUGUGCGUGUCUAUGUGUGUGUGUGCAUGUCUUGAGUGUAGAAGUCUACUUAACGUUUAGUUAAGAUAUAGCAACAUAUAACAAAUAUCUUCAGCCGAGGGCUCUUGAUGCUGUAACUCUUGGAUUUAAUUCAUAACUUCUGGCCUUAAUACAAGUCAUCUUUUUAGUCUUUUAAAAUCUGUCAGUUCUUUGGGAUGCUGUUGGUCUCUGGAUAUAUUUAGUAGCUUGUUUUCUUUCGUGUGCAAAAUCCGCCACGGCCAAGAAGUUUGAGUGCAACUAAUAACACACAGGUAUGAAAAACUCUACUGAUGAACAUUUUCCUUUCCCUUUCCUUCUACACCUGUUCCUGCCUUCCUCUUCACUAUGGAGGAUUUUGAGGAUGUCAAUAUUUAGAGGCAACACAGAUAGACAAGAGAGUUUGUCAGCAAUAAUAAACAGUAUUUUGUAUCUUGUAUUUUUGUUCUUUACACCUUUUACGCUGCCAGAGAUUUUUAAGUGUCAUUCUCCAGUCCUCGUCUCACUGACAGCAAUAUUAGCCAUCUCUGUUGCCUCAAAAAGUUGCCCUUUACAAACAUCCGCCAUGAAAACUUUACAAGGAUAUAGUGUGUAAAAGCUUUUUAUUUAUGUUGUCGGUUAACUUUUUGGUGUCUUCUAUCAUGUUUUUACUCUUUUUGUCCUUUUACAUCCAGUUUCUUUUCUUUUCUAACUCUGAGCGGAUAUUAACAAAAAAGUGUUGUAUUUAUUUCUUAAUUUAUGCGUGUGUGACCAUCCAGAGGUUUGGAGCGGCUUUGCUUGCUGUGACAUCUUGGAUAAUCAGUUGGUAUCCACUGGGUUUGUUUUGAAGAUGUGUGACGUCAAAUAUUAAAGAUGUGUUCAUCGGACACAUGUUGAUACGGUUUUAAAAGGCAAUAUAACAUCUUAGAUGAUUCUGUAUGAUUGAGUUUUACUGUAAGUAGACUAGGUCACUAGUCGUUUUGGUAGGCCUGCUGUUUUGUGCUCUUGUACUUUAUUCAUUUUUCUUAUUCAAGCAACAAAACUUUCUUUUUAAGUCCUGUAUUAACUUUUUUUUUUGAAUUUGUGGAAAAUGUGCAAAUAGACUGGACUACCUUCCUCAUCUGUGUAGAGGUGGUACAAGUUUGUGUUUUUUGUUUUACUUUUUAUUUUCCGCAGCCUUCUGCAUUGACUGCUGCUGUGCUAACUGAGUUUAUGGCCUCUAUAACCCAGAUUGUCCCAUCAGCCUGGAGUCUGGAACCUGCUGUUUGUACUCACUUUGGCCUCCAUGUGGCUCUCUCUGAAUCAGGGUUUCUUAAGUCAAAUUAAAGACAUUAAAAGUGAACAAA